AUGACCACCUGGAACACCAUGAAAACGCGGAUAACCGCCUCGGUGCGCACCACCAACCGGAUGAAUGCCCUGCUCUCGGAGUCAAUGCUGAGCAGGCGUCGGGCAGCCCAGAAUCCAGAGGGUGAUGCGGCUUCCGGCGAGGGCGGGGAGCUGCAGAAGGAGAAGCCAAAGAAUGACUGGCAGUUCUUCCAUACGAACUUCAACAUGGAAAGGGCUCUGAAGAUCAUCGAGGACUGCAUCGAGGAGCGGCUGCUGUGGGAUCGCUUCAGCCGUAACUACGACUCCUGGAGGGCACUGCAGUUGGUCGAGGGACUGGCGGCCGAGAUUCGGGACAGGGUCAAAAAGCUGAACCACAGGCGCCAUCGCAUCGUCUGCCUGUUGUCCAUUGUGGAGAAGCAGAACCAGGGCAUCUACCAGCGGAUGUGUCACCUCAUGGACGAGAAGCGGGACAACUUCACCCAGCUGGUCUUUGAGCGGCCCACCUACUUUAUGAUCGUGGUGCUCUAUCUGGUAUACAAGGAUUAG